AUGACACGGAAAAGCUGCGCGAGAGGAACAAGCAGCCAUUCUGCCAGCGUACCGCAUCGGCUUGACUCGCCUCACAGGGCCACCAACGGAGAGCUUUUGCCAGAAGAAGAAUUCUGGCACAACCACCAAAAAUGGCUGGAAGAACAAGGCUACAUGCUCCGCUCCCGGUACAAACCAGAUUGGACACCCUCGUGGAAGGGCACCAACAAGAAGUAUUGGCAAUGUGAAGACGGCCAGAGUAUUUUGGUCCCUCACCUGCUAGACGCCACGCGGAUCUCCGAUGGCCAGAUGGUGGUUCUCAAGCGAAUCCUCACGACGCAGCACCCGUAUGAAGUCGAGAUCAGUCGACUUUUCUCGGAGGAGCCGCUAGCGUCAGAUCCACGCAACCAUUGUGUCUCCAUACUAGACGUUCUGAAAGUUGAGGACGAGAGCGAUAUGGUGAUCUUGGUUAUGCCACUCCUUCGCCGUUAUGACAGUCCUCGAUUUGAGACCGUGGGAGAGGCCUUGGACUUCUUCCAGCAGAUAUUCGAGGGCUUGCAGUUCAUGCAUCAACAUCAGGUCGCACAUCGCGAUUGCAUGAAUUUGAAUAUCAUGAUGGAUCCUAAACCCCUCUAUCCCGAGAUGUACCAUCCAAGGGUCAUCGACUGGUCCCGCGACAUGCGGCGGCCAGCCAAACACUUCUCCCGCACCACCCAUCCGACGAGAUACUACUUCAUCGACUUUGGCUUAUCGCGCAAGUACAAUGCUGACGAAGGACAGCCUCGGGAGCCGCCAAUCCAGGGUGGCGACAAGUCUGUUCCGGAGUUCCAGCGCUCAUCAGAACCGUGUGAUCCCUUUCCGACUGACAUAUACUACAUUGGCAACCUAAUCCGCGAAGACUUCCUCCAGAAGCUCUGUGGCGUCGAAUUCAUGAAGCCCCUGGUGGAGGAUAUGGUGGCGGACGACCCUACGAACCGCCCCACCAUCGAUAAUGUGCUAGCCCGCUUUAGACAAAUUCACGCAUCGGUUGGCCACCGGAAACGCCGAUCACGUCUAGCCGAUCAAAGAGAAUCGGUGGCCCGACAAGCUCGCAGGAAUGUCAAGCACGCGUUUAUCGCUAUUGGACAUAUAAUCGCCUCCCAUCCCGCUGUUCCUACUGUAUAG